AUGGCCACAUACACUCGUUGCAACAAGUUUUUCAUUCAAAGAGGCAAGGAAGUGGAUGCAAUGAUUAAUGCUGGACAUGUCUACUCAAAAAUUGCAAAUGCUUGUCCCUCCUUGCAAGACUCUUCUACAGGUCCUGAUGCCCCACAAGCCUAUGCUACAAAUAUCUACAAUAACAGACCAGCACAACAACAACAACAACAAAGUUAUGACCUCUCCAGCAAUAGGUACAAUCCAGGUUGGAGAAAUCAUCCUAAUCUCAGAUGCUCUAACCAGCAGCAGCAACAACAGCCAAACCCUCCCUUCCAAAACAAUGCUGGUCCUAGUAGAUGUGUACCUCCUCCUAUCCAACAGCAGCAGCAGAGACAACACGAAGCUCCUGCACCACCAGCUCCUCAACCUCAACCUUCUACUUCUGAACCUUCAUUGGAAGAGCUGGUCAGGCAGAUGACUCCCCAAGACAUGCAGUUCCAAAAAGAGACCAGAGCUUCUAUUUAA